AUGGCUGAGAAUAAAACGGCACAGGGCGAAAUAGCCAGUGGCAGAGGUUGCAGAUACCCUGACCACGGUGCACAAAACAUCUUCUCUAAGAUCAAGCUUGAUCCUGUGAAUAAGCAUGAGAACAGGCUGGAAAAGUUCAAUCGUUGCUGGGGGCUUCUCAAGUACUUUAGUUGGCUCCAAGGCACACCAAAGGUUGGAUGGGCUCGUGUUGCAACAACUGAGGCCAUCAGAAAUGCUCCCUUGGUCAAUGAUCACAAUCUGCUCUCAUGA